GAGAGAUAGAGCUUGUGAGUACAUAUGCCAAUUUUUUUAUGAAGCUGGCACUGCACACAACACAGUAACCCUUCCUAGUUUUGCCCAUAUGCUUGAGGCAAUUGGAGCUUUUGGCAGAGGUUUGAGAGGUCCUAGUGCCUAUGAGAUGAGUGUUCCAUUCUUGAAGAAAGCCAAAAAAAAAGGUGCUGGAUAAAUUUAAGGACCACCAAGAAACAUGGCAGAUCAGUGGUUGUUCCUUGAUGACAGAUGCAUGGACAGAUAGGAAGGGAAGGGGAGUAAUGAACCUAGUUGUGCACAGUGCACAUGGUGUCUGUUUCUUGGAUUCUGUGGACUGCUCGGCUGUAAAGAAAAAUGGCAAAUAUAUCUUUGAUCUUGUGGACAAAUGCAUCCAAGAGUUAGGGGAGGAAAAUGUUGUGCAGGUGGUAACUGACAAUGCAAGUGUCAAUACAGCAGCAGCAAGCCUAUUGGCAGCAAAAAGGCCCUCCAUUUUUUGGAAUGGAUGUACUGCUCAUUGCCUAGAUCUCAUGCUAGAAGACCUUGGGAAGCUCAAACCUGUUGAAGAAACAAUUUCUAGUGCAAAACAAGUGACCACAUUCCUGUAUGCUCAUACACGGGUGUUGGAUUUAAUGAGGGAAUAUCUGGGCAAAGACUUGGUUCGCUCUGGGGUUACUCGAUUCGCCACUGCUUAUUUGAAUCUGAAAAGUUUGCAAGACAACAAGAAAGAUAUAGCAAGACUAUUUAGAUCAGAUCAGCUCAAUGAGUUGGGUUACUUGAAGAAGGCAAAGGGGAAGAAAGCUGACAAAAUUGUGAAAUCUGAAGGAUUUUGGAAAAAUGUUGACAUGGCUGUUAAUUUCUUUGAGCCAUUGGCCAAUGUGCUUAGGAGAAUGGAUAGUGAUGUACCUGCUAUGGGUUUCUUCCAUGGAUAUAUGCUUGAGGCUAAGAAAGAAAUUGCUACGAGGUUUGACAAUAAUGAAAGUAGAUUCAUGGUUGCUUGGGAGAUAAUUGACAAAAGGUGGGACAGCAAGCUUAAGACUCCUUUGCACUUGGCUGGGUACUAUUUAAAUCCCUACUAUUAUUACCCAAACAAGUCAAACAUUGAGCUUGAUGGUUCAUUUAGAGCAGCUGUAAUUGCUUGCAUUACUAAGAUGGUUGCUGAUGAAAAAACUCAAGAUAGCAUAAUUGAAGAGCUCAAUGCAUACCAGGAGCAGCAGGGAGCAUUUGGACAGGACAUUGCAGUCAGACAGAGGAGAAACAAGGCCUUCAAUCCAGCAAAAUGGUGGAUGAAUUAUGGAUCAACCACCCCAAAUCUAAGGUUAUUAGCGGCAAGAAUUCUGAAUCUUACUUGCAGCUCCUCAGCUUGUGAGAGGAACUGGUCAGUAUUUGAGCAGGUUCACACAAAGAGGCGAAACAAAUUACUUCAUGACAGAAUGAGGGACCUUGUCCUUGUCAAAUUUAAUUCUAAAAUAAGAGAGAAGGGGGAGAACAAGAGGAAAGAUCCAAUAGAGAGGGAGUUCAAUGAUGUUCUCGAGGAUGAGCUCAAUGAGUUCAUUACUGGGGUUGCUCCAACAAAUGCAGAUCAAGAGGAGGAGCAUGAUGCUGCACAAGAUGGAGCAUCACAAGAACCAUCAAUGGCCCAGGCACAAGUACUAACUAAAAGAAAGAGGUCUAGGCAGCCAAGAAAAAAGAAACUCAGGAGCCUUCAUUCUAUUAUAUCUGGAAAUUUAGAGCCUACAGUCUCUACUUCAUCUUCAGAUUCUGAUGAUUCCAUGCAGAUUGAAUCUUCUGAUUCGGCUCCUGGAGAUGAUGAGUAGAAGUAGACACAUUAC